AAUUAAAGUUUUUAUCUCUUUGGUGCCAUUUUAACGCGAAGUUAAUAAAUUUAUAAUAUUUUACAAUGUUGAACUUUGAAAUUGACAAUAAUUCUAUGUUACCACGAGAAUUUGAAUUGAAAAAUGUUGGAAGGGAUGGUGAAAACGAAAUAUUUGGAGAAUUUUUUGAGGUGGAUAGUUUUGACCAGCUUUCCUUUAGGUUUAGCAAUGCGUUAAAUGAAAUGUUAGCUCAUGAAAAUGAAGAAGAUAGUGAAAUAGAAUCAUAUGCGGGUAAAUAUGAUAGUGAAAUUGAGGCAGAGUUAUUAGAACAAAACAAUAAUAGUGAUGAUGAACAAAACACCAACAAUAAAUAUGAAGGAGAAAGGAAUGAAAUAAAUCCAAAUGAUAUAGAUGGAGGACCCACUUGCAAACAAUCCAAUGUACAAUCUGUUUCGUCAAUAACACCUUGUGUAAUAAUUGAUAAUAUUCAAGGUACGAUUAAACGAUGUGGCGAAACUUACAAGCUUAGAAAGAUACGAAAUUUAUAUGGAACAUGGCAAAUAGAUCGAGAUGCAGUUCAACAAGUCAACAAUAAUUAUUUAGGAGUUUGUGAUUCACAUUUUUUAUAUGAUCAAAAUCAAAUUCACAAUCCUAAAGAUAAAAUAUCAAAAGAAUUUACGACUUCAGAUGCUAUAAUUCAACAUCGAAGAUGUCAAGGUAAAAAAUCAAACUGUGAUAGAUUACAUGAACAAGAUGUCACAAAAGGAAUCAAUUUUAUUGCAAAUUGGCUUAUUAAGAUUUCACAUACAGAUGAAGAUUCAAAAAAAAAAGAAAUUUUGAAUUCUAUUGUAGAAGCUAUUCUCCCUUUUCUCCCUACACCUUUAACUAAAGCUACAUCUUCAUUGACAAAAUCUGACGAAACUCUUAGCCUUUUCGUCAUACAAAUUCUUUUUCUUGAUACAUUUUCAAAAAAUAAAUUACAAGAUGUUGAUAUAGAAACAAUUAAUUGUGAAAGUUUGGGACGAAAAUUCAGAAUUAAGCUCUGGAAAUCACGUGAAGCAACAAAUGAGAAAAAAGAAUUACUGAGCUCACCAGGAUCACUUUUUGAAUAUUAUCAUGCAUUUCCAAAUUUCAUCACAGAGUUUUUAGGGGGAAUGUUAAUAGAGAUCUAUAAACGAAAACUAGCUGUUAAUAAUAGAAAAAGAAAACAAAGAGGAAAAGCCAUUAAAACUUUGCCUGAAAAUAUAAUUAUGAAAAUAGUUACAUUUUUUGUUUCUGUUCUCACUGGUAUAGCAUUUCCUUCAUGUAAUAUUUGGUUAACUAAUGUGCUAAGCAGUCUGGCACGCAAACCAAAAUUAUUAUCAUCACUUCAUCGUCUACUGUCAUUAUGGAAUAUAGUAGGACAUAGCGAACAUCAUGAAAGAAAUCUAGAAAAAGAGCGAAUUAAUAAUGCUGUUCCUACACAAAGAUUAUACCAAAAAUUAGAUAUAUGGAAUCUUGCAGUCAUAGAUAACAUAGAUUUCAAACAAAAAACAUUCUCCUUUGGAAAUAUAUAUGACACUACAAGAAACAGCUCACAUGCAACCUUAAGAAUGGCAUUCCAAUCAGUAAUUCCUAAUUAUCUGGCAACGUGUCAAGAAGAAUUAAUUACCUUGGAAGAAGACAAUCGUAUAUUUGGUAUGAAUUUUACUAAGCAAGAAGCUCUGGAUGGAUUUCAAAGUAUAUUAGAAAAUUUGCUAGAUUUUCGAAGUACAAAUGAAGGCAAUUUAGAAUACAAUCAAAAUUUUGAUGAGGAAAUAAUUAAAAAAGCUAUACUAGAGAAAUUUGAACAUGGCUGUAAAGGUCCUUCUCCCCACGUUGUAAUUCUUGAACCAGGGGAUAAUCCAAAUUCAGACCAAGCAAUUUUAGGAGCUGCCACUAUGUACAAAGCCGAUUUUAAUUUGCAAGAAACUGCAUACCUUGAUAUAGUUGCUGAUGAAGCUAUUUAUAGUCGGAUACCAAAGAACAUUGAUGAUGAUGGAAGUGAAAAUCAAAAGCCUGUUUGUUUUGGUUUUGAUGAAGCGCUUGAGACCUUUGGAGUUCAUUUUAUAAAACAAAAUAUUAGUGGAAAUAUUAUUGAUGAAAUGAAAUUAAAAGCAAAUAUUAAAGCAGCUCAAUCAGAAAGAGAGAGAGUUGACCUACUCCUAAGCGAAUAUCUCGAGGACACUUCAAUUUCUCAGAGUGAACGUGCCAUCAAUUCCAGAAGAAAGGCCUUAUGGGAAUUAGUAGAAGACUUAGUUAUGAUUUUUGACAUGACAGAUCCAUUGUCACAUCAGAUUUUUAAAGAUCUCAAGCCACCUGAAAUACACAAAACAGGAUAUGAAAAAUUACUUGCAUGUUAUGAAAAUGGCUUGGAACGAAUGCAGAUAAUUUACAAACAAGAUGUGAUAAAAAGUGAACCUCGAAACGCACAGGGAAGACGCGCAUUAGAAGUUCGCCGAACAAAGUACAAAGACUAUGCUGAAACAAAGAGAAAUGAAAGGGAAGCAAAGAGAAUUGAAAGGGAGACACAAAGGCGUGACAAAAUACCUCUAAAUAAUGAUCAACUGGAGCUACAUAUUAAUGACAAUAAUAACCAGACUUCCAAAAGACGAAGAAAAGUACUUGCGCAUGAAGAGCAAAUACUGGAACGUCUGUUGGCUUAUGAAAAGAUUCCAAGCCAUAUAUAUGAUGAGACGCUUCAAUUACUUGGAGCUGAAUGGGAUAAGAAAAGGCUACAUGUUGAUGACAAUAAUAACCAGACUUCCAAAAGACGAAGAAAAGUACUUGCGCAUGAAGAGCAAAUACUGGAACGUCUGUUGGCUUAUGAAAAGAUUCCAAGCCAUAUAUAUGAUGAGACGCUUCAAUUACUUGGAGCUGAAUGGGAUAAGAAAAGGGUAUAUGGUUGGUGGAAUUAUCGUAUUAAUAAAUAA